UGUUGAGACCAGCAUGUGUGUGUGUGUGUGUUUGUUGGCAUCAGUGUGCUCGGGGUUUGGCAUGUGAGUACUCUUGCUGAAACAGCUAAAUGGAUGAAUCAUUGUGCACUUGGGAAUGUUUGUAUUUGUGGCAGAGAGAGAAUAGGAGGAUGUGUCAUGGGAUUAAUCUCACAAAAACAUGUCCAGGUCACAUUUUAUCCUGAUUACAAAAGAAAAUACUGUAGAUGAAUUAAAAUUUGCAUAUGUAAACUGAGCCUUUUUAAAAGACCAAUCAUAUUUUUUGCAUUGUGACAUUUUUUUAUUAUUCUCAUUGUAGUUGUCAUUGCUGUAGUAGGCUACAGAUGUUUUGUCAUAAUGUUUACAGUUACAGUGUCUCUCAACAGUGAUGAUGGGCUGAAGGUAUUUUCUGAUUAAUUUCUUAAAUAUUCAGUCCGGUCACUGAGAAGCAGAUUGACUUUUAAUUAAAAAUACAAAAUACAUACUUAAGUCACAAAAAAUUAUUGAGUUUCACAUUUUUAAUGGUCCUAAAUUUUCUUCUUUUCUCUCUCUCACCCAAACACUUUACAGCCAAUGCUAAACAAGAGUUUACACUGCAGUGCCAAACCCCCUGAAACUAAAGAAUUAAACCAUAUAGUGACUUUGUGUUGUGUAAAUACAGAUAUAUUGUACCACAAAUAAUGUUGAACUGUCUGUUGUUGUUAUGAGUUAUGAGUCAUACUUUGCAACUAGAUUUAGAUGUCCUGAGAGUCUGUAUGUGUUUCCAUUCAAUUGAAUUUCUCGGUUCGAACUCUUCGUGUCUCAUUAUACGGUCACAUAAGCUGUAAACUGAAUGUGCACUCUGUCCUCCCACUCCUGUGAUCAUCAAAUCCUCUGUUUUAUUCCUCCUUUAUUGUGUUUUUAAAGUCUGCAUCCCUCAGCCAGUUCUGGUGUCUUCUCUAUUCAUUUUAUUACGGCUCAGAUUAUGACUCAGACUGCUAUAUCGGGUUCUUCCGCUCUCCACGAUUGACGGGUGUGCAGUCACACGGGUGACGUUGUGCUGGGGGAAAGCGAGAGAAUAAAGAGGGAUGGCCAGAGAAAGAGAGCGAGAGAAUGAUGCUUUGUUAAUGAGAGAAGAGACGAGGUCUUCCUCACCUCGUGCGUUUCUUCAUCUCUCCUCCUCUGAACUCUUAAAGACUCUGAGGAGUGAGAUCAUGGCUCUCUUCUCCUCUCGACGCUCUCCUGUCCUCCUCCUGUCCCUGUGUGUCGUCCUUUCUCUUCCUCCAGCCUGUGUUCCUGAAUCCCAGCGGGAGGAUUCGUCUCUCCAGCCUUCCAUCUCUCCGGAGCUUCCUUCAGAACUCUACAGUAACCUGACGGAUGUCGACGAGGGAUCCAAUGGGAAGUGCAGCAGUCCGGUCGAGUGUGCACCUGGAAUCAUUCUGCCUGUUUGGAAACCUGUGAAUCCUGGUCUGGGAGAACAGAUCGCCCGGGCCAUCAUCUACUUUGUCUUUCUCAUGUACAUGUUUCUGGGCGUGUCCAUCAUCGCGGAUCGAUUCAUGGCUUCUAUAGAGGUGAUCACCUCACAGGAGAAGGAGGUGACCAUCACGAUGCCCAACGGAGAGACAUCUGUGGCCACGGUAAGAAUCUGGAAUGAAACCGUGUCCAAUUUGACCCUGAUGGCACUCGGCUCAUCCGCUCCUGAAAUUCUCCUGUCCGUCAUCGAGGUGUGUGGUCAUGGUUUCUUGGCCGGUGAUCUGGGUCCGGGCACUAUCGUGGGCAGCGCUGCUUUUAAUAUGUUUGUGAUCAUCGCGAUCUGUGUGUGGGUGAUACCUGACGGUGAGGUGAGGAAGAUCAAACAUCUGAGAGUGUUCUUCAUCACGGCCUUCUGGAGUAUCUUUGCUUACAUCUGGCUUUACCUGAUCCUCUCCAUCAUCUCACCUGGAGUCGUGGAGGUUUGGGAAGCUCUGGUCACUCUCUGUUAUUUUCCCGUUUGCGUGAUCUUGGCCUGGAUCGCCGAUCGUCGCCUCCUCUUCUACAAGUACAUGUCCAAACGUUACCGUGCCGACAAAAGAACAGGGGUCGUCGUGGAGACGGAGGGAGAGAUGACGCCCAAAGGUGUGGAGAUGAUAAUGGAUGGCAAGUUUCCACUGAGGGCCGGAGCCAUAGGGGUCGAAAAUUGCCAGGAUGGUAACACGGCGGGUGCCAUGGCAACCAUUCCCAACUCCAACAGCACCACUGUUCACAUGGAGGGUGCCAGAGACCUGGAUGAGAGUCGCAAAGAAGUGAGAUCAAAGAUGUUUAUUUAA